UCUGCAGGAGUUGGAAGGAUCGGUCACAUGGGAGACAAUACAGCAUUUGAUGGAUUAAAUGAUUGCAAACUGCAGUCUGAAGAAAAGUAUCCAGUGAUUGAUAAAAAUGCUUCUAACACACUGGUUUGCACAGAUGCUCCUUUUCAAAAGACAGGACACUACUUGAGGACCCUUACACCAGAGGAGCUGCAGAAACUUGAAAAUGACAAGACUUGCAUUAGUGAUUUUAAACAAAAUAAAUUGGAGCAGGAUGCUCAGAAAAACUGGGAUUUGUUCUAUAAGAGGAAUAGUACUCAUUUCUUUAAAGACAGGCACUGGACAACAAGAGAAUUUGAAGAACUGAAAGGAUGCAGAAAGUUCUUUGGACAGAAGUUGAUAAUCCUUGAAGCAGGAUGUGGAGUCGGUAAUUUCAUAUUCCCACUUUUAGAAGAAGACCUGGAUGUCUUUGUCUAUGCUUGUGAUUUCUCAUCACGAGCUGUGGAAUUUGUCAAGCAAAAUCCAUUAUAUAAUUCAGAGAGGUGCAAGGCAUUCCAGUGUGACCUGACCAAGGAUGACCUGCUGACUUGUAUUCCACCGGAAUCUGUUGACAUUGUCACUUUAAUAUUUGUAUUGUCAGCCAUACAUCCUGACAAGAUGCAACUUGCCUUAAAAAAUAUUUACAAAGUUUUGAAGCCAGGAGGAUCUGUCUUGUUCCGGGAUUAUGGUCUCUAUGACCACACAAUGAUCAGAUUUAAAUCAGGUCACAAACUGAGGGAGAAUUUUUAUGUUAGACAGGAUGGGACAAGAUCAUUCUUCUUUUCAGAAGAAUACUUGGCACAGUUAUUUACAUCAAGUGGAUAUGACAUUUUGGUCAACGAAUAUGUUUUGCGUCAAACUGUUAAUAAGAAGGAGGAUCUAUGUGUUCCUAGAGUAUUUAUUCAAAGCAAAUUCCAGAAACAUUAACACUGUAUAAUCCUAAUAGUGAUGUACCUGGUUUAAAGUUGUAUUUUAACAUAUAAACAUGUAAACCUACAUUUUUAGAGGUUGGAAACAGCAGCAAGAAGAGAAUUACAGUGUGUGAAGAUUUCCACAUUCGAAAAGGUACAGUGAAGGGUCAGACCUUAUGCUGCAGCGGUAGCAGAGGCAGUAACAAAUGUGGGUAUCGACAGUUAAACAUUUGUUUUAUAGUAUCCUUCAAGGUCAUUUUAAGUGUUCUUACUGUGUAUAAAUAAAGGCUUUUAUUAAUAUGCUUAUGACCUGAAGCACUUUAAACAUCAAUACAUGAAAGACAGAAGAGAGCAAUAUUCAACAGAAUGAGUUCUGAAAAUGAAGCCGUUUUUAUUUUGUUCUGUUGAUGUACAAGUGCCAGCUAAAAAUUGGAGUUCUCAGAACAUAUGCAGUAGCUAGUGUUUUUACUUAUUUAAUUUUAUCUGAUCUUCUGUAGUGGGAAUAGAAGAGCAGAAACGCUUCAUUGAUAGUAACUUGCUGAGUUAUGGUCAGGUCAUAACAUAUUGGGGGUGGCGCAGAAGAAACAGUUUUAUUUUUUGCAUCUUCAUACGUACAUCUGUAGUUAGCAUUUUUGGUCUGAUUGACAUGAAAACUGAGAUUGUCCAUAUAUAGGAUUUGUUUCUUUUUCUUUUGUAAUUACAAAAGUCAGUACUAAUUAACAGUGAGGAUCCCAACUAACAAUGUUGAUAUUUUCAUUAUAGUAUAUGUCCAGAUUAAGGACAACGGAGAAGAGCUGCCCAAAUUUGUUGAGAAAGUUUUGAGGUAUUGUGUGUUUUCAGGUAAUACAAAGCACUGUUGUUAGAUCUCACUGUAUUUUAAACCAGAACAGAUACAUUUACUUCCUUAGAUCACUACCUCACAGAUGCAUACACCAAUGGAUGCUAAUGCAGAAGUAUCUGUGACAGCAAAACAUAUAACCAGAAGAAUGACACACACACACACAUAUAUGUUUAACUUUUGUAAAAUGAGGCUGUAGAAUUUCUUUGACUGCACUAGUGUCCUGGUUUAUUGACAUAAUUCAUGAAGAAUUUUGGUUACUAGCUGGUUUUCCAUAGUGGACAUUCUGUAAUUUUAGCAGUUUUAAAUGAGUCAAAUGGGCUGCUGCCUUCAGGAUGCUUAUAGGGUACAACCUUCAGUGAUUAUCACAGGACAUUCCUGAUUUGUGUGAUUUUUAUCUUCAAAAAGGUAUCCUGAUAUUUUAGCAAACAAUGUUUGCUUACAGUUUUCUGCAGUAUUUAUAGAAAUGUAAUUAAGAAAUGGGGACCAUUGCAGUUCUGCAACACCAGCUCUCACUUUAGGUAAUAAAAUGAAAACAUACUUUGUGUUGGUUAAAGGUGUGGACUGUGCCGUUUCAGGAGUAAAAUUGAAUCAAGAGUUGUUUACAUGAAGAAAACAUCAAUGGUCAUCACAGUGCCAUCAAAAUUCAGCACAUACGGACUUCAUGAAAAUAAUUUGGAGUAUGAACCUGUUGUAAACAUCCAGAGAAGGAUUUCAUUGUAAAGAUGCUCAAUAAAUUAAAUGAUGUAUUUUA